CAUCCUGGGAGUACAUUCACUCGGGGAAGGAGAGGAAGAGCUUUUUUGAAUAUUUUUCUGGGAGUUGAAGUUGUUCGGAAUCGCUGCUUCUCUUUUCGGCUUUCCGUGAGUCUCUGGGUGUAGGGGGCUGCCUCAGUCUUUCAGGCCUGGAGAGGUAAUCGACGCCGCGCACGCACGUUUCUGCCCCGGACCCAGACGGCUUCAGCAUCGGAACCCGAAAAGGAAGCUAAGCACAGGGCAGGGUGGCUGCCGCCGUCUCUCCGAGCCACCAGGAACUGAUCAUCCCAGCCCUCGUUCCGUAGGCCCACCCUUUGACCCAUUUAGUAUCUGGGCUGGUUUCAGGCCUUGGCCCGGGAGAUUGACACGGAUCUUUGAGCAGUUUCCUGCUUUACCAUGCUCUCUUGUGAUAUUUGUGGUGAAACAGUAACCUCAGAACCAGACAUGAAGGCUCACCUAAUCGUUCAUAUGGAAGAUGAUGUUAUAUGUCCAUUUUGCAAAUUGUCAGGUGUGAGUUAUGAUGAAAUGUGUUUUCAUAUUGAAACUGCUCAUUUUGAGCAAAAUGAGCUAGAAAGAAAUAUUGAGAGGAUUAAUUCAGUACAGUACGGAACUUCUGACAACAGGACGGACAGCACCCUGCAGUGUAGAAUGGAAGUUAAUUCAAGUAUUCAUUCAGCUUGUGCGUCUAAUCAUCCAAAAAUUUUAGCUCAAAGUCUGCCUAAGGAAGGAUCUUUAAAACAUAAAGGCUUUCAUUCAGAGAAUGUAACUGAAUCCAGAAAAUUUCUGAAAAGUAAGGAAAAACAGUCUGACCUAACCAAAAUAAAAGGAUCAAUUUAUGAAACAAUGUAUAGUCCUCCUGAAUGUCCAUUCUGUGGAAAAAUAGAAGAUUGUAGUCAAGAUAUGGAAACUCAUGUGAAAACAAAGCAUACCAACCUUUUAGAUACUCCAUUAGAAGACUGUGAUGAACCACUCUAUGGCUGCCCUAUGUGUGGGCUUAUCUGUACAAAUUACCAUAUUCUCCAGGAACAUGUUGACUUGCAUUUGGAAGAAAGUGGCUUUGGACAAGGCAUGGAUAGAGUCCAGUGUUCUAGAGAUCUAGAAUUGGCUCAACAGCUUCAACAAGAAGAAGACAGAAAGAGGAGAUCUGAAGAGUCAAGACAAGAAAUGGAAGAAUUUCGGAAGCUGCAGAGACAAUACGGUUUGGAUAAUUCUGGAGGGUACAAACAACAGCAGCUACGAAAUAUGGAGAUAGAAGUGAAUAGGGGAAAAAUGCAUCCAUCUGAAUUUCAUAGAAGAAAAGCUGAUAUGAUGGAAUCACUAGCUAUCGGUAUUGAUGAUGGAAAAACAAAAACUUCUGGAAUUAUGGAAGCACUUUACAGGUAUUACCAGAAUGCUGCCACAGAUGUGAGACGUGUGUGGCUUUCUACAGUAGUGGAUCACUUUCAUUCAUCUUUUGGUGACAAAGGUUGGGGUUGUGGUUACAGAAAUUUCCAAAUGCUGCUUUCGUCAUUAUUACAAAAUGAUGCUUAUGGUGAUUGCCUCAAAGAUAUGUCGGUUCCAUGCAUUCCAAAAAUUCAGUCUAUGAUUGAAGAUGCGUGGAAGGAAGGUUUUGAUCCUCAGGGUGCCUCUCAACUUAAUAACAGGUUACAAGGAACAAAGGCCUGGAUCGGAGCAUGUGAAGUAUAUACACUUCUGACCUCCCUAAGGAUAAAGUGUCGUAUUAUUGACUUUCACAAGUCGACUGGUCCUUUGGGUACACACCCUCGCUUAUUUGAAUGGAUAUUGAACUAUUAUUCUUCAGAGAGGGAGGGGAGUCCAAAAGUAGUGUGUACAUCUAAACCUCCUAUUUAUCUUCAGCAUCAAGGUCAUAGUCGAACAAUUGUUGGAAUUGAAGAGAGAAAAAACCGAACAUUAUGUUUACUAAUAUUUGAUCCUGGAUGGCCUUCUCGAGACAUGCAGAAAUUCUUAAAGCAAGACAUGGAAGCUAGCAGUCUCAAGCAACUUCGGAAAUUUGUGGGAAAUUUAAAACAUAAGCAGUAUCAGAUAGUGGCAGUAGAAGGUGUUCUUUCUUCAGAGGAGAAAAUUGCCAGGAGACAAGCUUCUCAAGUCUUUACAGCUGAGAAGAUUCCUUGAAGAAGAAAGAAGCUUUCAGAUUCAUGUUGGAUUUGCCAUGUAAGGUUGCAAGCAAGAAUCCUACUCUGGCCAAUUUAAACAGAAGAGAAUUCAUUGAAAUUAACAGAAGCUCACAGAUUACACAGGUAACUAGGGAACUGCUGGAACCAAGGCAACUCUUGAGGCUAGAAUAUGGCCUGAUUUAGGGGGGAGCAGUCAAGUUAGGAGCUGAGGUAGAAUGUCUCUGCUCAAAUAUCAGAUUCCAGAGCGGGCAGAUCUGAUUAGCAUGUGACCAUAUGCCGCAAGACAGAGGCAGUUUCUCUAAAGGAAAUCAAGGUAGAUGAAGAAAUAGAUAAUAAACAAUAAAAGAGAGAAGCAGCAAGUGUCUACUACCCCAUGAAAAAAUGAAUAAGAACUUACUGGAAUGACGUUCUAGAAAUAUCUUUUGCAUCAAAUACUGAAAGUUACACUCCAAGAGUGAAUAAUAUUGCCAGUUGGAAAACUCUAGAAGCCAGCCUUUGUAAUAUUCUGUCCUUUAGACUGGUAACCAGAUUUUUAUUGUAUUUUCCCAUGAAGUUAUGUUACUUCCUACUAUCAUUGUCUCAUAUCUAGACAAUGUGAAAACCUCCUAACUGGCUUCCAUGUCUUAAUCCUAUGUCAGUCCAUUUUCCACAAGGAAACCAAGUGGUUUUAAAACACAAAUGUGAUUUUGAGACUUCUUGGUUGAAUCCUCUUCAUUGCUCUAAGAUAAAAUUCAGACAUCCCACACAAUCUGAGCCCUGCUUACCUCUCUAGUGUCACUCUCAAAGUUUGAUUGAUUCAUUUCAGCUCAGAGUCCUUUGCCAAAUACAGCUGGUGCUACCUGGGGCCCUUUUCCCCUUAGUUCUCCUUCUCUUACAAGGGCUUCCUCUUAGAAGUGCUUCCUGACUGCUCACGUUUGGAUUAAAUGCACCUUUUAAAUGUUUGAUAAGCAGCCUUUCUCAAAGUAGAAGUCACUAAUCUGCAGAUCGCUGGUCUAUGACAAG